AUGGCCGGCAUCUCCAACGCUCUCUACCAGCACGUCUUCCCAUCACCCCGGAUCAAACGGACUUUCAUUCGCAAGAAUGCUAUCUUCCUGACCACCAUCUUCGCCGGUGCCUUCGCUUUCGAGAUUGCCUUCGAUACCACCUCCAACAAGAUCUGGGACACCAUGAACGCCGGCCGCCAAUGGAAGGACAUCAAGUUCCAGUAUAUGAACAACGCUGAGGAGGAUGAUGAGUAA